GAUGGAGAUGAAUGUGGAUGUUUGAAAUCCAUCUUUACCCUCACUGUUUUACACUAAAUACUGUGGCGAUUCUCAUUGUCCAUCCACUUCACCAGAUUGUUUAAAGAUACCAUUGUUAUUUAUAGCCCUUCCUGCUGUUAUUUCAAGAGCUGGGUUUGACACAGUGGGUUACCAACAAAGGGCUGGCACUCCUUCCUCUGUUUGUGUCGCUGUGAUAGCAAGACUCUGUGACAGCACUAGUAGAAAGAGCUUUAGCAAAAGCUGCCUCGGCUCUGAGCGCUCAGACUUUAGCUUCUCAAUGGCUGCUAUUGCAGAAAAAGAUUGGAAGAGUUGAAUACCAAUCUCUAUAUAUCUCUAUUUAUUUUUUAUUAAUUUGAAGCUCAGGUAUGUUUUUCAGCGAUAGCUCCACCAGCCUCCAUAUCACCUCACUUCCAUUUCAGAAAUCUAAAGCUGCUUACGUCACCUUCUGCCCACCUCCAUCCGUUGUGCAGGUCACUGUGGUUAGGGUAUAUUUUUUGACACAAGAUCCUACAACAGUUUUUUGGGCCCUAGACGGUGUUUUGAAGAUUCAGGCUGCCUUCUACCUCUUCUGGCACGUUUCCAGGAAGAAGGUAAAUGGUGAGUCGAAGGGCUUGAAUUAAGUGAUGUGCGUGACUGUUGGAGGUAGUGCCAAAGCACGGAGGAAGUCUAAGGUGUUCAGAUGGGUUGCGAGUCUCCUGGGGCAGAGAAGCACCUUGAGAAAUCGGUUUCUUUUGCUUCUGUUGUUACUUGUCUGCAGUGAGUUGUCUCUUCCCUCUUGCUGUGGAAUUUGUCCUCAGAAAUCUCACACAGGAGCAGGAAGGAAGAUUGCUUCUGUGCAAGUGAUCUUGUGGAUCACUCAAUCUCGUGGUGGCCUUUAAGUGGCUGUGGAGCUCUCUACACUGCUGUCAGCAGGUUCUUGGGGGCAAGAAAAAGUAUUGGUGCCACAGGUCUGUGUUGAAAGAACAUGUGAUGUCUGGAACAGGAGCAGCAUUUCAGCUGUCAGUGCUGCCAGCACAGAAUGAAACUUAACUGGAAUGUGCAGGCUUUCCUCGUGAUCUCGGUCAGGUUCACUGGCAUCUUAUGGUGCUCCAUUAAGGGAAGAGGUGUGUGGGUGAAUCAGCCUCAGCUGGAUGGGGUAGCAUCCGUCUCUGGAUGUGUAUUAUUGCAGAAAUCAGGACCUUGGAUCUUUUUGUAAACUUCCAACAGAUGCUCCAAGCCUUCUGGUGCUGGUUAUGUUGCAUCAUCCCCCUGAAGGCAUUGUUACUGCUGCAUCCUUCAUGUGUGCAGAUAUUCCUUAGUGGGAGGCUGAUUGGAGACAAGCAGGAAGCUGGAUCCCUUGGGUAGCUGUGCUCAGUGAAAUGUGAUGGAGUCCCAUUCACUGACCUUCAGGUGCAGAGUAAGAGAAGGAGUCCAGACUGUAAGUAAAGCUCUGGAAUAUUCCUGAGAGCUGCAGAAGGCACGUUGAUGUUUGCUUUGUUUAGGUGCGCCAACAUUCCUGGUCCUAAGAGCCUUUGGCCCCAGAAACUUAUCUAAACUUGUCACUAAAUAAGCUACAGUGCUUCUCUUUUUGGUCUCCAUGGGAAAGGAGAAAAAUUCUGGGAGAACACAAGUUAAUUUAGUAUGCCCAUGUGCUGUUAUCAGGGGACUUGUUAUUUAGCUUGUUAGUGGCCUGCACUGAGUUAGCUCUGCAGCUAACGGUAAGCAUAUUUCUGUCACAGUACUGCAGCACAUUCAGAGACGGCAUCAGCUGGUAAUCCACCUGAAUUUUAGCUCCACUAAUAAGUGGACAGAUGAGUCUGAAAGCUGCCCAGGUAGAACAUAGCUUGGAAAUUACAUUCAGGGAAUUUAUUGUGUCCCCUACUGGGAGUUAUGAGUGAGCUGAAAUCUGUAGUUUGCAGAACUGUUUCGUGGAGGUCUGCGCUUUCCUUUUUUUACUUGGGCGAAACUCUGCAGCUCUGAUUACUCUUAAAGAGCCUUCCUCAUGGAAAUAGACUUUCUGGUGAGUUAGUUUAGUGGAGCUCAUAAGAGAUACCUCAGAAUUUGGAUUGCUCAGCAAAUGUGAGCAGGACUAAUUAUCAGUGGCAUCUAAACGUAUUAAAUCUUUGUGUGUAUGGGGGGUUAAAUCUUUACUCAGGCUCUGCUGGUUACCUGUCUCAAAUACCUGUAUUAUAAACCCGCCACGGGUAUUGACUGGAGCAAGUCAUGAUCACUGCUGGAAAGGGUGAGUAUUUGAUGACAGGCCUCCCUGAGACGAGAGGAUUCUUUGAGACAGAAGGGCUAGUGAUCUUACUGAAGCGAGCAAUGCCUGUGGAAGUCUCCUUGCACCUAGAUCAUCUCCAAGGAUGUGGAGGAAGACUUGAGGCAUUAAAUUUCUACCAUUAGAGAGCUCAGCAGGACUAUUCCUGGAUACAGUGUCUGUUUCUGUAGCCUGCUGCCUGUGGCCUCCUGUUUCUGGUAAAUCUGAGCAAAAUGAGGAAGACUAAAUAGUGGCAAGCCACCACUUUUGUUUAAAAAAGAAAAGCUAAUAACACAGCGAAUGGACCUGGGAGAAUGUACAAAGAUCCAUGACUUGGCACUGCGAGCAGAUUAUGAGAUUGCAAGUAAAGAGAGAGAUCUGUUUUUUGAGCUGGAUGCGAUGGAUCACCUGGAAUCCUUCAUCGCAGAGUGUGAUAGGAGAACAGAGCUGGCCAAGAAACGCCUGGCUGAAACACAGGAAGAGAUCAGUGCCGAAGUGUCUGCAAAGGCAGAGAAAGUACAUGAGCUGAAUGAAGACAUCGGAAAACUCCUAGCUAAAGCUGAACAGCUGGGAGCUGAAGGAAAUGUUGAUGAGUCUCAAAAGAUCCUGAUGGAAGUGGAGAAAGUCCGAGCAAAAAAGAAAGAGGCAGAGGAAGAAUACCGAAAUUCAAUGCCUGCAUCCAGUUUCCAGCAGCAGAAGCUGCGUGUGUGUGAAGUUUGUUCAGCAUAUCUGGGUCUCCAUGACAACGACCGGCGUCUUGCUGACCAUUUUGGAGGCAAAUUACACUUGGGUUUCAUUCAGAUUCGUGAGAAACUGGAUCAGCUGAGGAAAACAGUGGCAGAAAAGCAAGAGAAGAGAAACCAGGAUCGUUUGAGACGGAGAGAGGAGAGAGAACGAGAGGAGAGAAUGGGCAGACGGUCUGGAUCAAGAAAUAGAGAUCGUCGAAGAUCACGGUCUCGGGAUAGGAGGCGAAGACGCUCGAGAUCAGCUUCCCGUGAACGGCGGAAGUCUCGCUCCCGGUCCCGAGACCGACACAGACGCCACCGGAGCCGUUCCCGCAGCCACAGCAGAGGUCACCGACGGGGGUCCAGAGACAGGAGUUCAAAACACAAAUCUUCUAGAGAUCGAUCUUCAAGAGAAAAGUCACGAGACAGAGAGAGAAAAGAGAAGAGCUCUUCUGAGAGGCGGCACGAGAGCACAAAUGGCAAAUCUCGUUCCAAGAGAUCAGAAGAGAGAGAAGCUGGCGAGAUCUGAACUCAAACGAUCUGUGUUGCACUGUAAAUAGUCUGAUAAACAUUCUACACAAAGCCUAAAUUUCCCAUUUAUAUUUACUGAAUACAACUCAUCUUUUGUAGUUUGGAAUUUUUAUUGUUUGGCAGAUAGCUGUGAGUUUGUAGAGACACAGAGUUACGUACUGUUUAACAGGAUUUUGUUUUAGUAGGAAUAAAUAAAUCUGGACGGAUCGUUUUCAAUUCAG